AUGGUCUCGUUACAACCAGAGACGGGUAUUAGCAAUGCGGCUCUUUACAACCUCGAGAGGGUGAGGAGAAGCUUAGAUACGCUUGCUAGUAAGCCUACAUGGCAGCUUAGCGAUACUUCAGAUUUUGAUUGCAUGCACUAUUUGGGGGAUGCAGCUUUGGAUAAAGCUUGCCAGACAUUAGGCAUGAAAUAUGGACAAACUGUCGUCGACAUCGGCUCGGGUUUCAGUGCCACUGGCCGCUACAUGCAUAAGAACUAUGGUGUUGACGUCACUGGUGUCGAGUUGCAACCGGAAAUUCAUGCGCUCGCCGAGAUGAUCACCGAAAGAAAUGGCCUUUCCGCUGGCGUACACUCAGUCAACACAGACUUCACGAAGUUCGACAUAGAUGGUCCUGUCAACUAUAUUGUCUCGUUUCUAUGCAUUCUCCAUAUCCCUAUUAGGGAUCAAGUAUUCCAAAAAGCAGCCAGCAUCCUAAAGCCAGGCGGCAAGGUUUAUAUUGAGGACUUUUUCGCUCGAACAAUACUUAGCCAAGACACUCGCAGCAAACUCCACAAUGUAGUUUGCUGCCCCUACCUACCCAGCCGGGAUCAAUACAUCAAUGAUCUGGCAAAUGCAGGCUUUCAUAGCAUUCAGUUUGAGGACGUGUCAGAGGAUUGGGCUGAUUUUGUACACAAACGUGCAACGCAUUAUUUGCUAGUGGUCAACUAG